AUGAUUGUUGUAUCAAAUUGUAGGAAUUUUGUAAAAAUUAUGAGGCUAUCACUUUUACCUCCAGUGCAGCAUUCCAGAUAUUCCUUGUUAAGAUUUUUAUAUAAACCCCAGACUUCCAUCAAUAUGGGAGAAUUCAUUAACUACUUCAGAUAUUCCAAAGAUUAUAAAAUUGGAUGUUCAAACUUUGUAGAUGGUGUUGCUUUAGGGUUAGUUAGUAAACACUCCUGUGGCCACAGGGGAGUACAGUUGUAUGAAAAAACUGAAAGUGAAGAUAAGAGCAGGAAUCAGAGAAAGUGGAUGCACUCAGCACUAAUAGCUCUAACAUUGUUUAGUACUCAAUCAGAAGGAAAGGAAGAAAAGAAAGACUCAGAAUUAAUCACAAUGAUUAAAAGAGGAAUAUUGGCUCUGAAGAGAGGAGAGCUACAAAAGGCUGAGCAGCUUCUUCAUGUGGCCCUCAAAAGUGCUCAAGAAACUCAAAAUGAACUGGCUAUUAUAUAUAUCUAUGAUCUCCUUGCUAAUUUGGCAUACCAGCGAGAGGAAUAUUUAAAAGCUGAGAAACUGUUUAAGGAAGUCUUACAAAGAAUUUUGUCAGGUGGUAUGGCUGAGGAUGACAAUGCUGUUGUAGAAAUAAGCUUGAAGCUGGCUAGUGUUUAUGCAUCAAUGUUUGACUAUGAGAAAGCUGUCGAAGGUUUCCAGUUUUGCAUUGCAACUCAGGAAGACAAGAUUAAAAAAUAUGGCGAGAAGAACCUUGAUGAGGACACACUGUUGUUGUGGGCUAUGAGCAUGGAUUGGUAUGCUCGAUUUUUGCUUAAUAUCAAGAAGUACGAUUUGGCGAAAAAACACUUUGUUAAGGCCUAUGAAAUGAGUGAACGUAUAAAUGGCCUUGGACAUGAGCAAACAGCAGUUUUGCUAAAUGAUAUUGGUUCUGUAUGUUCUUUACAGAAAGAUUAUACAGAAGCAAUUGAAUACUUGGAAAAAGCAAUUGAUGCUGCAAGAGAAUGUAAAAGCCUGGAUAUUGGUUCCUUUUAUGUAAACCUUGGAACUGUUUAUCUUCAACAAAGUAUGAUUGCUGAAGCAGAAAGAUGUUGUAAGGAGGGUUUAAUUUUAUCAAAGAAAAUGGAAAAUAAAGAUGCCACUGAAGAGGCCAAGAUUUGCCUAGAAGAAAUUCAGAAUUUGCUGAAAAAGAAAUGAAUUUCUUUUGUUACUUCAAUUUUUCUUCAGGUACUGGGGUAAUAGAAUUUUCACUAAAAAAAUUAUACUUUAUUAUUCUGUCUUUUGUUGUUGUGUUUCUUGUAUAGACUUGUACAGUGUUAUAUUACUGCCUCACACUGAUCAUAUUUCUGUUGAAAACAGGUAUUUAUUAUAUUUUCCUCCCAUCUCUUUAACUUAGUAGAUCUUUAAUCAGCCUUGUUAAGCUCUACUGAUAUUUCUUUAUCAGAUGAGACAAGGGCCCAUAGAGAUGCAAUAAAUAAAAUCAUGAGACUCAGAAAUAACUUGUAUCACAAGAAAACAUUUAUCUUAGUUCAUUUUGGGCUCCACCUUGAAACUAAUUGUUGAAAUUCUUGACACAAUUUUCUUGCUAAGAAAGAAGAGAGGGCAAAAAAUACUAGAAAGUUCCUUACAAGCAGUAGUAGAUAAGGUAGUGAGUUCUACAUCCAUUGAUAAUUAAAAACAAAUAUUUAUGGUAGACUAAAUACUGGGGAUAGGACAAUAUGAGAUUAGCUCUGCUUCCAUAGCUACAAAUCAGUAAUUGUACACACACACACACACAUACACACAUUACUUUUACACAUUACUCAGAAGCUGUUGAACCUUUACUAAUGUCAGUCUUCAUGUAAGCCUUUCUUUAUAUUUUUUUCAUGAAGUUUAACCUCUUCCUGCAUAUUAUUUCAAUAGUGGAAAAUUUAACAUAUUAACAUGAGUACUGCCUUUAUUUAACAGCACCAAAUGUAGACAGAUAUGCAAGUAAAGCACUAUAUAUAAUAGAUAAUCUGUACAGACAAAAGGUGUUAAACAGAUUCUUCAUAUUAAGACAUUUUAAUUAUGAAUAUGUAUAUAUGAUGAAUGAUUAAGGUUUAGAAAUUUUAAACAUUCAUCAGCUAUAUGCUCCUGUUACGUGCUUCAGAAUUUUGUGUAUACAGGUAGGCCAUCACUAAUCCGGCAACCAGUAAUCUGGUUCCAUCAGUAAUCCGGUUCCAUCAGUAAUCCGGCACUAUUUUCGGCUAGCAUAACUUCAAAUUUCCGGGGUUGCCACAUGAGCCUGCUGCUAUUGUUUGGUGGUGCUACUUGCUGCAUAAUUCAUUCCAAUUUCUUUUUCUCUAUUUAUUAUUUAUAACCUGCUCACUUUUAGCCCAAGCCAUGGUUCCAUUGAAUAAAAGAAAUGCUUCUCGUUGUGUAAAGCACAUGUGCUGUACAGUGUCCAUUAAAAAUGAGGUGGCUUUGAAGCCACUGUUGGUUGCCAUUAGCUCAGCUCACUCAGAUAAGCUGUGACUGGUAAAUUUGGGCCUACAUGUGAGAGAAGAGGUCUGUGUGGCAAGUGUGCACUAUAUAAAAAAAAAUCCUGCAGCAUGCAGUGCACAAUGAGAAAAAAACUGCGACCGUGCUUUUGGUGUAAAACAGCGACUUGGCGGUGUAUUUUCGUAUGGUUUUUAUGGUUAUAUUCUCAUAUUUUUUUGGUCUCAUUUGAUAGAAUGGAAGAUAUAUUACAGAAAUAAAUAUGAUUUUGAUUGGUUUCAUGACAGAUAGUACCUUGAAAUUAAGCUCAAAGUAGUGGAAAAGUUCGAUUUUUGCCAGUGUUCAAGAAUAAAAUGAUGUCACCAUCCAAUACAUGUCCAGCUAGCCUGUCUAGUAUGUGGUUAUGAAUACGUUAACAUUAUUUAUACAAUUAGUACUACAGUAAUGCAGUAGUGAGCAUAUCAGUAAAUCUUCUAUUUUUUGUGUGAAUAAAAGUUCAAAAUGGAAAGCAAGUGAAACAUAAGAGGGGCCUGGAGAUGUGACUAAUGAACAGAGAAAGUGUUAUUUUAGUGCCAGGAAUGUCUGCAUUGUUUAUUCUGGACCCUAUUUUGAAAUUGGCAUUUCUUGAAAUUUGUGUGAAAUUGGCCAAAUUACUGAUUUCUAACUACUAUAUUGGGUAGUUGAAAUAGUUAAAUGGGUGGCUUCUUGUACUCAAUCGACAGAAUAGAAGGAAUACUAGUGAAAUAGAGUGGUAGACUGGAACAAUGGAAUGAUCCAAAAAUAGGGCGUAAAUUGGGUUAAAUCGCUGAUGCCUAAAUAUCAUGGUUGGGUUAAGUGUAUUCUAACCUAACCACUCUGUAAUGUGUCAAAAUCACUAUUCCAGUACCCUACAGGUCCCAGUAAUGCCGGAUUAGUCAUGGUCAACCUGUACCUUAUUAUUUUCCUUCUUAAAACCUGUAACAUUUAAUCAAACCUCUUUCUGACACCAAGCACUCCAUACUUCCUUACUAUGCCUUCUGUGACAGUUUCUCCAAAUUUUUCAUUGAAGCCUCCUAAAUUACAGGUGAAAUAAUUAUUUUUACUUUUUCCCAUUCAAAUUUUCUGACAUUUUAAUUGGGUUGCACUCAUUGACAGGACAUGCAGUUUCUGUGCAUUCAUAAUUGCAGUUAGUCUUUAUAUCAAUAAUAAUCCAUGCCAGUUCACUCUUUGUAUAUACUGUACUGUGUUUGUAUAUUAAAUAUGUUCCAUAUGUUAUA